ACCCCGGGGCGGCUCCGCUUUGAUUGACGUAGGGAAAGAAAAAGACACAAGAUCAGGUUACAAGAUGGCGGACGGCAGUUCGAGCUAGAGAGAAACGGUGGAGAAACGUAUUGUUUUUAUCGUGGGGGUAAGAGCGGGAGAAAUCAUGUCGGACACCCGGCGCCGUGUGAAGGUGUACACGCUGAAUGAAGACCGACAGUGGGACGACAGAGGCACCGGGCACGUCUCCGCCACCUAUGUGGACAGGCUGAAGGGGGUCUCCCUGCUGGUCCGGGCGGAAUCCGACGGGUCGCUUCUGCUGGAGUCUAAAAUCAGUCCGAACACGGCAUAUCAGAAGCAGCAAGAUACCUUGAUCGUGUGGUCGGAGGCGGAGAAUUAUGACUUGGCUCUGAGCUUCCAGGAGAAGGCAGGCUGUGAUGAAAUAUGGGAGAAGAUUUGCCAGGUUCAAGGAAAAGACCCUACGGUUGAGAUCACACAGGACCCCAUCGAUGAGUCCGAGGAGGAGCAUGUCGAGGAGAUGCCCGAGACCAGCCACCUGGUCGACCUCCCGCCUUGCGAGCUGAACAAGCUGGAAGAGAUCGCCGACCUCGUGACCUCGGUUUUGUCCUCUCCCAUCCGCAGGGAGAAGCUGGCCCUGGCCCUAAUGAACGAGGGCUACAUUAAGAAACUGCUGCAGCUGUUCCAGGUCUGUGAACAGAUGGGGAACACUGAGGGCCUGCACCACCUGUAUGAAAUCAUCAGAGGUGUGUUGUUCCUCAACAAGGCGGCUCUGUUUGAGGUCAUGUUUUCAGACGACUGCAUCAUGGAUGUGGUGGGGUGCCUGGAAUAUGACCCCUCGCUAGUGCAGCCAAAAAAGCACAGGGAAUUCUUGACCAAGACUGCCAAGUUCAAGGAGGUCAUACCCAUCACAGACUCGGAACUGCGACAGAAGAUCCAUCAGACCUACAGAGUCCAGUACAUCCAAGACAUCAUCUUGCCAACUCCUUCUGUUUUUGAAGAGAACUUUCUCUCCACGCUGACAUCCUUCAUUUUCUUCAACAAGGUGGAGAUUGUGAGCAUGUUACAGGAAGAUGAGAAGUUCUUGUCUGAAGUCUUUGCACAGUUAACCGAUGAAGCAACUGAGGAUGUAAAGAGACGUGAACUAGUUAACUUUUUCAAAGAGUUCUGUGCAUUUUCACAAACAUUACAACCACAGAACAGAGACGCAUUUUUCAAGACUCUGGCAAACUUGGGAAUUCUUCCUGCACUUGAAAUAGUGAUGGGCAUGGAUGACUUGCAAGUAAGGGCAGCAGCAACAGACAUCUUCUCUUAUUUGGUGGAGUUCAGUCCGUCCAUGGUUCGAGAGUUUGUCAUGCAGGAGCCACAGCAGAAUGAAGAUGACAUUCUUCUGAUAAACGUGGUGAUCAAACAAAUGAUCUGUGACACGGACCCAGAGCUGGGGGGAGCUGUCCAGUUGAUGGGCCUUCUUCGCACCCUGAUCGACCCUGAAAACAUGCUGGCACCCACAAAUAAAACUGAGAAGACAGAAUUCCUCAGUUUUUUCUACAAGUACUGCAUGCAUGUUCUCACUGCUCCUCUUCUGGCUAAUACAGCUGAGGAGAAGAAUGUCAAAGAUGCUGUAGUUGGAUCCCCCAAGAUUAGUGCAGUUUGUCCUGAUAAUUUCCAGACAGCCCAAUUGUUGGCUUUGAUUUUGGAGCUGCUCACGUUCUGUGUGGAACAUCACACCUAUCACAUAAAGAACUACAUCAUGAACAAAGACCUGCUGAGGCGGGUUCUGGUGCUGAUGAACUCUAAACACACCUUCUUAGCUUUGUGUGCGCUGCGCUUCAUGAGAAGAAUCAUAGGCCUAAAGGAUGAGUUUUAUAACCGUUACAUCAUUAAAGGGAACUUAUUCGAGCCAGUAAUAAAUGCCUUGUUGGACAAUGGAACGAGAUAUAAUCUUUUAAAUUCUGCCAUUAUUGAGCUCUUUGAGUUCAUUAAAGUAGAGGAUAUUAAAUCUCUCAUAGCACACAUAGUAGAUAACUUCUACAAAGCACUUGAAUCUAUUGAGUAUGUUCAGACCUUCAAAGGGCUCAAGACGAGAUAUGAGCAGGAGAAGGACCGCCAGAGUCAGAGACUCAACAGAUACCGCCGGGAUGCCAGGUCUCUGGAGGACGAUGAAGAAACGUGGUUUAAUGAAGAUGAUGAUGAGGAGGGCGAAGCUGUGGUCCUUCCUGUUGAGAAGAGCAAACCAGAGGACGACUUUUCUGACAACUACGGAAAGUUCAUAGAAGCGAAAAAAGUGAAAGAGAGUGAAGACAAGGAGAACCUGCCGAAGAGGACUUCGAGCGGCAGCUUCAAGUUCACCUUCACUCACUCCGCGGGAGCAGGGAACGGGGCGAACGGUGCCAGCAGCAAGUCCUCGGGCUCCCCCACAUCUCCCGGCAGUCCCACCAGCUCCUCGGCCAAGCUCGCAGCUGCGCCGGCUGCAGCUGUGACCAAGCAGGCGGGUUUGGUUGGUCUUGUGGAUUAUCCAGACGACGAAGAGGAGGAGGAGGAAGACGAGGAGGAGGAGUCUCCUAGGAAACGGCCUCGCCUAGGAUCGUAAAAGGCUCAGGUGCAGGAAGUCUUGCCUGGUCUGACUACAUUGGUGCCACUGUUCCGCAGCCCACCGGACUGAGAGAAACCUCUCCUCCCUGCAUCCCACUUCAACACAACCACCAGGAUAGACCAGGACCCAGGGUGUAGCCACCAGUGUGCCAGUGCUCCCCACUCGACUGGCACGGCAUCAGGCCAGGAGCACGGCACAUCCCACUACCUGGAUACUUUUCAAAACGAGUGAGGGAUGCAGGGCUGGUAGCAGGCCAGUCAGGCUGGCAGGACUAGCAGGUUAGUAAUGGAAGCCUGACUGAAACUCUAGAGCUUUGGGUCCUAACAUUUGGAGAGGACCUGAUAGAGAAAAAAAACUAGUUCCAAGGAGCAGGACUCAGACAUUCAAACCUGGUCUAAUUUGUGGGCCUAAUGCUGGAACCAUGUCAGUAACAAAUCCUGUAUUCAUAAUUUUAUUAAAAGUACUGUACAGUGUGCAUUUUUUUUACCAGUUUAUCCCAUGAAGCUAUUUCAAAGGGGGGAGCUAUACCUGCUAGUGUAACUUCAGAACACUUCAGGUGGGACCACUGUUUAGUUUUCUUUUAACCAGAAACAUGAUUCAAUGUGGAGAGCACAGUUGCAAUAGUGAUUUUAAAAAAAACCUAUUAAAAAUACAGCAAAAGGGGGCAGUUGCUGUCAAGAUAACAGGAUGUUUAAAGUUUUUAAAUCUGUUUUGGCUGUUUGAUUUACUUCAUGUCAAGGUUACCCUCAUUAACUUUAUUACAAAUAGUAUAUUUUUUAGGGAAACACUAUUUUGAUUAAAAAAAUCUUCAAAAUCUGAGAAACCAACUUAUUCAAGGAUUCAGAUGGUGGUGAGAUUUAAGAAUUUCUGGAAACUUGCAGAAUUAAAAAAAAAACAUGCUUAAGUUAACUGCAGUUCAUUUGUAAAUCAAUGUUCUACUUUUUUACCUAAUGCAGCUAAUCUUUUUCUAUUUGCAGAGGAAACAAAUCUUUAGGCAGACGUGUUGGUGCAGGUUUUCCUGUAGCAUGGUUUUUACAGUCAAACUGUUCCGAGUUUAGCACUGGUUGUUAAACUAGUUGCAGCCAUCUGACACUGGUAUUCCUCUUGCAGCAACUUUGUUUUGAAAUUGCUAAAGCAGAUGUAAGCAUUUCAAAAUAAAUCGGUAUGCCCAUUUGGGGAGUCUAAUAGAUAAAAAAAAAAUGUAACUUUCAAAGGUGGGAUCUCUGUAGAUUUAAUAUUUUUUCCAGAAGGUUUUGUAUGAGUGAAUAAACUGCCACUCUCUCCGUUCUACACCAUUUGUAUAUGUUUGAUACAUUAAAAAAAGGUUCUGAUGUAAAAUUCAGAGAUUAAAUAUGAUCCUGGCAUUAAAA